AUGGCUGACCGAGGCGGUGCCCGUGGUGGUGGUUUUGGCGACCGUGGUCGCGGCGAUCGUGGACGUGGACGUGGACGCGGCCGUGGACGUCGCGGCGGCAAGAGCGAGGAGAAGGAGUGGCAGCCCGUCACCAAGCUGGGCCGUCUCGUAAAGGCUGGCAAGAUCAAGAGCAUGGAGGAGAUCUACCUGCACUCUCUGCCCAUCAAGGAGUACCAGAUCGUCGACUUCUUCCUGCCCAAGCUCAAGGACGAGGUCAUGAAGAUCAAGCCCGUCCAGAAGCAGACCCGAGCCGGUCAGCGUACCCGAUUCAAGGCCAUCGUCAUCAUUGGUGACUCCGAGGGCCACGUCGGCCUCGGCAUCAAGACUUCCAAGGAGGUCGCCACCGCCAUCCGUGCCGCCAUCAUCAUCGCCAAGCUGAGCGUCAUCCCCGUGCGACGAGGAUACUGGGGCGCCAACCUUGGUCAACCCCACUCCAUCCCCGUCAAGGAGUCUGGAAAGUGCGGCUCCGUCACUGUCCGUCUCAUCCCUGCGCCCCGCGGUACCUCUCUCGUCGCCUCCCCAGCUGUCAAGCGUCUCCUCCAGCUCGCCGGUAUUGAGGACGCCUACACAUCGUCCGCUGGCUCGACCAAGACGCUCGAGAACACCCUGAAGGCCACCUUCGCCGCCAUCUCCAACACCUACGGAUUCCUGACGCCCAACCUGUGGAAGGAGACGAAGCUCAUCAGGAGCCCUCUGGAGGAGUUUGCGGAUACCCUGCGGUCGGACAAGAGAUACUAG